ACCAAAGCAUUGUGGGAUCUAAACGGUGCUUGCAAUUUCAAUGGUGACUGCUGGAACCGUGAACUCUGACUGAAACGAUGAAAUAUUGAGCAUAUAGAUGGCACUAAUCUUUAGAAUUGCGUUAAUGAUGAUAAUAUAUGACACUAAAGUCUAAGCUUUUUGUUGCGGACAAGCUUAUGCUAGUGUCAUCGCUUCGAUUCUGUGCUGUACGGAUAGGGCAAAGCAGAAAACUGGAAUAGUGUCAAUGGACGCUUGUGCGGAGGUCCACAUCGUUUUUCUUUUUUUUCCAAAGGUGCUGAAUAAGUAGGCCGGGGAUCAGAAUCCUAGAAUUGCAUUUGCAUUCUUUAUUAUUUCAAUCUUAGAUAUUUGGUUCGAAUACACAAUCCAAGAUGUCGACCAGUAGCCCCGAAGCGGUGAAGAAAUUACUCGAGAACAUGCAGACGGAUCUUCGGUCCCUGUCUAUGGAAUGUAAGAAGAAAUUCCCCCCAGUGAAAGAGGCUGCCGAGUCUGGGAUCGUCAAGAUCAAGACAAUCGCCGCGAGGAAUACAGACAUCUUGGCAACUCUGAAAGAGAACAGCUCGGAGGUGGUGCAGCCGUUUCUCAUGGGAUGUGGCACCAAGGAGCCCAAGAUCACCCAGCUGUGUCUGGCCGCCAUCCAGAGACUCAUGUCCCAUGAGGUGGUGUCCGAGGCUGCAGCAGGGAAUAUCAUUAACAUGCUGUGGCAGUUGAUGGAGAACGGCCUGGAGGAACUGAAACUCCUGCAGACUGUCCUAGUGCUGCUCACCACCAACACUGUAGUGCAUGAUGAAGUACUCUCCAAGGCCAUCGUGCUGUGUUUCCGCCUGCACUUCACCAAGGACAACAUCACCAACAACACCGCCGCCGCCACAGUCAGACAGGUCGUCACUGUGGUCUUCGAGAGGAUGGUCGCUGAGGACGAGCGCUUCAAAGGCAUCGUGGAGCUGCCUCCUCCAGUCCAAGGUAACACCAACCGGAGGUCUGUGAGCACCCUGAGGCCCAGCGCUAAAGACGCUUACAUGCUUUUCCAGGACCUGUGUCAGUUAGUGAAUGCGGACGCCCCCUACUGGCUGGUGGGGAUGACAGAGAUGACGCGGACAUUUGGUCUGGAGCUCCUGGAGUCUGUUCUCAAUGACUUCCCUGGGGUCUUCCUACAGCACCAGGAGUUCAGCUUCCUGCUGAAGGAGCGCGUGUGUCCGCUGGUCAUCAAGCUGUUCUCCCCCAACAUCAAGUUCCGCCAGGGCAGCAGUAGCUCCGCCUCCCCGGCCCCUGUGGAGAAACCCUACUUCCCCAUCUGCAUGAGGCUGCUCAGAGUGGUGUCGGUCCUCAUCAAACACUACUACAGCCUACUGGUGACAGAGUGUGAGAUCUUCCUCUCUCUGCUGGUGAAGUUCCUGGAUGGAGAGAAGCCUCAGUGGCUCAGAGCUGUGGCCGUGGAGUCAGUCCAUCGACUGUGUGUACAGCCACACCUGCUACGGUCUUUCUGCCAGUCCUACGACAUGAAGCAGCACUCCACCAAGGUGUUCAGGGACAUCGUCAACGCUCUGGGCUCCUUCAUCCAGUCCCUGUUCAUUGUCCCCAACGCGGGCAACCCUGCUGCCACCAAUGCCCCCGCUGGUGGCUCUGGGUCGGGGCUCCAGGGGGCUGCCCAGGGGGCCCCAGGAGCUGGGGGACAGGGGGCCGGUCUGACCGCUCAGGCUGCCUUUGAGUACCGCGGUACCUGGAUCCCACUGAUGACCGUCAGUGUGCAGGGCAGCGCCAAGGCUACCUAUCUGGAGAUGUUGGACAAGGUGGAGCCCCCAUCCAUCCCCGAGGGCUAUGCCAUGUCUGUGGCCUUCAGCGCCCUCCUGGACCUCGUCCGAGGCAUCACCUCCAUGAUUGAGAGGGAACUGGCCAAAGAGGAGGAGGAGUCGGCUGUACGCAGGGAGGCCAACCCCGACCAGAACGCCCAGCCUGAGCCUGGAGCUCAUCUGGUGUGGGAGGAGAUGGUGAGUGCCUGUUGGUGUGGUCUGCUGGCAGCCCUUUCUCUCCUGUUGGACGCCAGCACUGAUGAGACUGCGACAGAGAACAUCCUGAAGGCGGAGUUGACCGUGGCAUCUCUGUGUGGUCGACUGGGCCUGGUGACACCUCGCGAUGCCUUCAUCACGGCCAUCUGCAAGGCUUCCCUGCCUCCUCACUACGCCCUGACUGUCCUCAGCAGCAACGCAGCCAACCUCAACAACAAGACCUACUCUAUCCAGGGUCAGAGUGUGCAGAUCAUCAGCCCGUCCAGUGAGUCUCAUCAGCAGGUGGUGGCUGUGGGUCAGCCUCUCACUGUCCAGCCCCAGGGCACCGUGGUGCUAACAGCUAAGAAUAUCCAGUGUAUGCGAACCCUGUUAAAUCUGGCUCACUGCCACGGGGCUGUGCUCGGUACCUCCUGGCAGCUGGUUCUGGCCACUCUGCAGCACCUGGUGUGGAUCCUGGGCCUGAAGCCAGGGGUCGGAGGUGCUCUGAAGCCUGGUCGGGCUGUCGAGGGGCCCAGCACGGUCCUGACCACGGCGGUGAUGACGGACCUGCCGGUCAUCUCCAACAUCCUGUCCCGGCUGUUCGAGAGCUCCCAGUAUCUGGACGACGUGUCACUGCAUCACCUGAUCAACGCCCUCUGCUCCCUCUCCCUGGAGGCCAUGGAGAUGGCCUACGGGACCAACAAGGAGCCGUCCCUGUUUGCCGUGGCCAAGCUGCUGGAGACGGGACUGGUCAACAUGGACCGUAUCGAGAUCCUGUGGAGGCCCCUCACCGGUCAUCUACUGGAGAAGGUCUGUCAGCAUCCCAACGCCAGGAUGAGAGAGUGGGGCGCCGAGGCCGUGACGGCCCUCAUCAAAGCCAGCCUGGCCUACAAACACAACCCCCCGCUGGCGCAGAACCAGAGACUGCAGCUCCUGCUGUUGAACCCGCUGAAGGAGCUGUCCAACGUGCUACACGCCGACAUCCGCCAGAAGCAGCUGGAGAGCGUGCUGCAGAUUCUCCAGAGCCAGGGGGACAGUCUGGGGCCUGGCUGGCCCUUAGUGCUGGGGGUCAUAGGGGCCAUCCGCAAUGACCAGGGCGAGUCCUUAAUCCGAACAGCCUUCCAGUGUCUGCAGCUGGUGGUGACGGACUUCCUCCCCACUAUGCCCUGCACGUGCCUCCAGAUCGUAGUGGAAGUAGCCGGCAGCUUCGGCCUUCAGAACCAGGAGCUCAACAUCAGUCUCACCUCCAUAGGACUCCUGUGGAACAUCUCAGACUACUUCUUCCAGAGGGGCGAGGCCAUCACCCAGGAGCUGGAGAGAGAGGAGGCGGUGUUGCAGAAACAGGCCCAGGAGAAGGGCGAGCCCCUGAACAGACCCUUCCACCCAGCCCCGCCCUUUGACUGUCUGUGGCUGUGUCUGUACGCCAAGCUGGGCGAGCUUUGCGUGGACCCCCGGCCCGCUGUCAGGAAGAGUGCCGGUCAGACCAUGUUCUCCACCAUCGCCGCCCACGGCACCCUGCUGCAACAGCCCACCUGGCACAUCGUCGUAUGGAAGGUGCUGUUCCACCUGCUGGACUGCGUGAGGAAGUCUUCGACCACGGCUGACAAGGAGAAAAUCGAGUCGGGCGGCGGCAACAUCCUCAUCCACCACUCACGGGACACGGCUGAAAAACAGUGGGCGGAGACCUGGGUGUUGACGCUGGCGGGGGUGGCGCGUAUCUUCAACACCAGGAGAUACCUGCUGCAGCAGCUAGGGGACUUCUUCAAGGCGUGGGAAGUUCUGCUGGACCACAUUCAGUCUGCUGCCCUUAGUAAGAACAACGAGGUAUCCCUGGCGGCGCUCAAGUCCUUCCAGGAGAUCCUCCAAAUUGGCACACCAGUCAAGGAGUCCGCCUUGCCCACCGAAGCCCUCGCCCUGGCCGCCCUGGGCGUUCCCCCGGUCCUCAUCGACCCGCUCGGCGCCUCGGGACCCGGCAGACCUCUGCUGCGCUCGGACUCCAUGCUCGAGAGGCUUACGCGCUACAGCAGCGCUGAGCUCCAGGUCCCUCCCCCGGGGGAGGAGUCAGCGCUGGAGGACUCCGCCCUGUGGUGGUCGGCGUGGAACACUUGGUACCGGACAGGCACAGACAGCACGAGACCCCCCGGCGGCGGGACGGGGACGGACAGGCCCUCGUUCAUCCCCAGUCAGCCGUUCUUGACGGCGUUAGUCCAGAUCUUCCCUGCCCUCUACCAGCACAUAAAGACUGGCUUCAGCAUGGACGACCUGAGGAAGCUGGGGGUGAUCCUCCACGGGGCCGUGUCCGUACCCAUCAGCAGUGACGCCUCGCCCUUCAUUCUGCCUUCCUACACAGAGGCUGUCCUCACCAGCCUGCAGGAGGCUGUCCUCACUGCACUCGACGUGCUCCAGAAGGCCAUCUGUGUAGGGCCAGAGAAUCUGCAGGUCAUGUACCCGGCCAUCUUUGAACAGCUGCUUCUCUUCGUCGAGUUCUCCUGCAAGCCCCCUCAAUAUGGCAAGGUGGAAACCAAGCAUGUGGCCAAUGCUAAAUACAACCAGAUCCAACUGUUUGCACCGGCAGAAUGGGUUGCCUUAAACUAUGUCCCCUUUGCUGAGAGGUCCCUGGAAGUGGUGGUGGACCUGUAUCACAAAACAGCCUGUCAUAAAGCUGUCAUCAAUGAGAAGGUCCUACAGAACAUCAUCAAGACCCUGCGGAUACCCCUGAGCCUGAAGUAUGCAUGCCCGUCAGAAAGCACAUGGAAGCUGGCCGUAUCUUCCCUUCUCAAAGUGCUGUCCAUCGGGCUGCCUGUGGCCCGCCAGCAUGCCUCCUCUGGGAAGUUUGAAACCAUGUGGCCAGAAUUGGCCAAUGCCUUCGAAGACUUCCUCUUCACCAAAAGCACACCUCCAGACAAUAUGUCUAUCCAGGAGUUCCAGAAGAAUGAAGCCAUUGAUGUUGAGGUGGUACAGCUCAUCAGCACAGAGAUCUUGCCAUUUGCCAACUUUAUUCCCAAAGACUUUGUUGGCCAGAUUAUGACCAUGCUCAAUAAAGGAUCCAUUCACUCACAGUCCUCGUCAUUCACAGAGGCAGAAAUUGAAGUGCGGAUGCGGGAGGAGUUCUCCAAGGUGUGUUUCGAGACACUUCUCCAGUUCUCCUUCAGCAACAAGGUGUCCACACCCCAGGAGGGCUACAUCUCGCGUAUGGCCCUCUCUGUGCUCCUCAAGAGGUCCCAGGAUGUGUUGAGGCGAUAUGUGGAUGAUGAGAGGCUGAGUGGACGCUGCCCCCUGCCCAGGCAACAAGUGACUGAAAUCAUAUUUGUCUUAAAAGCUAUCAGCACUUUGAUGGACUCACUUAAAAAGACCCAGCCAGAAAACGUGGAUGGGACCACGUGGGCCCAGGUGAUUGCCCUUUAUCCUACCCUGGUGGAGUGCAUCACAUGCUCCUCUACUGAGGUCAGCUCAGCGCUGAAGGAGGCCCUUGGGCCCUUCAAAGACUUUAUGCAGCCCCCAGUCUCCAGAGUACAGAACGGAGAGUCCUGACCAGACCAACAGCCUUUUUGUAAUGAAGAAAAUCAUAAUGAAUGUGUCCUCCGGAGGCCCAAACACAAAUUUCUGGUGAAAGGACUAGGAGACGGGCGGACUCUUUUACUCCAUGUGAGCUCAUCUAACAGACAGUAACUUGUGGCAAUGAGCUCUCAGUGACAGACUCUGACCUGCUACACAUGACAUCAUCAAUGUAUGCUUCUAAUGCACGGAGGUUGAUACCACCUCCCAUUCUUUUUCCUGGCUGGACUUGUGUAUUAACUGCUACAGUAAAACAAAUUGAGGUGUUUCCUUUGGUUUUUGUUUGUUUGAUUUCCAGAAAGGAGAUUUGAUGUUCAAUGUAUGUUGACAGUGUUGAUGAUAUUAUUUUGAGAAAAUAAAAAAGAAAGUAGGAGUUUUAAAAUGAGACGGGGAAAAGAUGGAGGCCUUUUGUGACAUUUUCAACAGCAAGGAUUUUAGUCAAAAUCUUACUGUAACAUUCCAUGUCAUCUUUUAGCUGGCCUGAGAAGGGAUGUACUCUUCUGUAUAAAAUAAAUGACACAGUUCUAAAAACAAU